GGAUACAACUUGCUUUAUACUUGGCCAAGCUGAAGAGAGGUGAGCUAUAUAUAUUGGCUCAGGGUGAUCUGAAAAAAGUAAUAAAAAAUCCUAGAUACCACAAGAUUGCUCGUUGGCCAGAAGCAAUCACACUUUGGGAACUCGCAGCUGAAGCCCUGUGAACUCUUUGCCUUAUUGGGAAAAACGCUCGACCCCGCCUGAGUCUCCCUGCCAAACACAUCCAUGCAGUGAUGGUCAUGUAUCAUCUAAAUCUAAUAUGGAUAUGGCACGGUAGAGAUACCAAGGGGAAAUGGCAGGAGUUGUGCGUGUCGCUGCAAGAUGAAAUUAUCCAUGCAAUGUUGUCGUGCAUCGACUGUGCAAUCAUAUUAUGCGCUGUGCUUUAUUGUGGCCUUUUGCGAGGAAGAUGCGUGUUGCACAUGCAUACACGUCACAUAUUGCCUCUCUUGGAAACCUCCAAAAACGCUGCAGAGCCCACUAUUUGCUGCCCCACUCGCAUCUGUUGGCGGAUUGAUCGCCAUAAGCCUCGAGUUGAAUGUCAUGAUACAUGCCCGCUGGGUCAAAGAGAUAAUCUGAUGGCAAAAUGGAUUAGCAGCUAAUUGCAUGCGAGUUUGAAUGCCACCCAGCCAAUGUUUAGCAACGUAGUGAAAGAGAAGAGGGACCAGCUCAAUGGAGUAUGUGCGAGAGCCAAGCU